AUGGGAUCGACGCGUCCUGCGCCCUCUGCGCACAAUUCUUCGGUACUGGGCCCAUCUGCAGCAGCGAUCAAAUCGCAGCCGCUUCUCCAACCCUCACCGCUACCACUGCAGCCCAUUGAAAACUCAUUCAAUCCGCUGUCCCGGGGCCCGCACAGGCCAUCGCCGACAAAACCUUUGCCCACCCAGGGCUCAUAUCCUGGGCGAAAACUCGGUUUCGUUCCCAUCUCUGCUCCGGUGGCUCCCAUGUUUACUACCGACUCUCCAACAAAGAAACCUCCCUUCUCUAUCUACUCUCAACCUCACCCCUCGAUGCCGCAGUCGGCCCUCUUCACUACCUUCUCCAGUAUCAAUCCUCAAUCUUCAAAAGAAAACAUUCAUCCCGAGGACCCCUCCAAUGGCAGCUUUGCUGACUUUCCCGAACCUUCCUAUGAUGCGAAGAUUCUUCCAAUGAAACGAACCCUCAUGGAUGCCGCGCCAUUAAAAGAGCGGCCUGUGAAGAAGCAGCGACGCGAAGAAAGCCCGUUUCAUCAAUUGCCGGAGCCUCAUGAGAUGCCGCCCAUUGAGGAUGAUGGCACCAAGCCGCCUUAUAGUUAUGCGACAUUGAUUGGCAUGUCGAUCCUUCGCGCGCCAAAUCGACGCUUGACCUUGGCACAGAUUUACAAAUGGAUCUCAGAUACAUUCUCGUAUUACAAGAAUAGCGAUCCCGGCUGGCAGAACAGCAUUCGGCACAAUCUCAGCUUGAACAAAGCCUUCAUUAAACAAGAGCGCCCUAAGGAUGACCCGGGCAAGGGCAACUACUGGGCGAUUGACUCUGGGAUGGAGUUUCAGUUUCUUAAGGAUAAGCAAGUUCGACGCGCCACAAUGUCAAGCCUACCUCUCCCUGCGGUUCCUCCGCGAGAUCUGAUCCCACAGCCGCAAAGCGCAACAACGACGACCUGGAUGGUUCCUCCCCCACCUCUUCACCCCCACCAACAUCAUCAACCUAGUCAUAAUAAUCACAACCACCAUCCCCGCCACCGUCCAGCGCCACCUCCUCCCCAAGUCUCUCCGCAGAAUGAUGACUUGUCGUCCGAUGCCACUUUACCUGCAUCUGAUCCUGCUUUACAGGAUGAUGCGGACGAGGGCGUCCAUGCGCCUGUUCACCCCCGCCACCAUAAUCAAGCACCCUUGCGCUCUUCUCCACCUCAGGCUAUUCGAUCUUCUCCCCCAGUUGCUCCCCCUCGCUUCUCUCGCCCAGGAACCCCUCCCACUCCUACUCAGGGCCCCACACCGGCUCCACGUCCACGAAAGCGCAAGUCUAUUACCUUGAACGACAGUGGUUACUUCUCCUCCUUGGAAUCAUCUGCCUUGCGGCCGAAUAAGGCUAGUCAUAUCUUGACAUCAGAUCUCGAUAUCGAGCCCCCACGUAUCAAGCGUGGUCGUGCCGAGGAGGAAAUUGCGCGAAUCCGCAGUUCGUCGCAUGAUAUGAGUCCUCGUCAGCCUCCCACUCGCAAGGAUCCUAGCACACUGGUUGGCUCUUCGCCGCUUCGAGGAGCAUAUGUCAGUAUGCUUCCUCCACCAUUGACUCCGGUUAUCAAAUUCAAGAAGCCAGCCAAGCCUCCACCUUCAGUCUCCCCUAAUACCAAUCUUCGAAACCAUCGUCGCAAGAUCCAGCAGAUGGUCAACUCACCCAUCAAGCAUCUGGGAUUGACAGAUGACCUGCCUUGGAGUCCUGCUUUCAAUCUUCAUGAUGAGAGUUAUACACCACACGAUCACUUCCAUACGAGUUUUGAUGUAUUCGCCGAUUCAGCCACUGACCCCGUCUCAUCUGCUGCGUAUGGCUCGCCUGAGAAGCGUUCCACGAAACGCCAACGCACCGAUGAUGGAAGCACUGCUCUCACCGACAUCACCUUGGCCAGUGUGAACAGUCGAGUCGGCGCGCCUUCUAUGCCUCGUUCCAAGUCCGCCAUCUUUCCGGAAUCCCCUUCCAAGCUACCUGAGAUUGGCCGCAUUGGCGAGACAACUCAGGACGAUUUUUUCUCGUUCCACCUUUUUGAUGAGAGCAAUGACAGCUCUGGCGAAGUAGACGGAGUUGAUCUCCUGCAGGGGUUCCAAAAGAUUGGACAACCUCAACAUGACUUGUUGAAACCUAAGACGUUCCACUCACGUCCCCAGUUGAGUAGUCGCAACACUACUCUUUUCUAA